GCGCUCUGGGGAGAUUGCUGGCGCUGAGGAGAGUGGUGUGUGGGCUGCCUCCUCGGUGUUUUCGGAGCUCGUUGGUACCGGCGAGGCCUGUCUGUGAGUGCUGAGGGGUCCCUCUGGGCACCUGAGAGCAGCAGCUACCCCUUUCCAGGGCUGCUUUCUUCAUACCCCAGUUCUUUAUCCCGGUGAUGGUAGGGCCCGGCGUAGCGCUGUGAGGGCGGCCAGGAUUUGUCUGUGCAGCUGGUGCAUCCCGUUAGGAGAUGAGGAUAGCCCCGAGUGUCCCAGUUCCCCGUGGUUUCACAGCUUCUGAAGCUCGCUGUGAUCGCUUGUGUGAAGCCAGCUUUGUCUGCACACAGGCAGGCACGUUGGGGAUUCAGUUCACCGUCUUUUCUUCAGAGAUGUGCUGGCACCCCCAGUUCCUGCCCUUGCCUUCCCUGCCAGCUGUAUGUUCCCACCUCACAGCUGUGCCAGCACAGCUCUUUUCAUGGUGCUGUGUCUUUCCAGUGAGGUGUUCAGUGUUAAGUCUAGCCCUGUGAAAGAAAAAGCUUGUUUUAACCCUGAAGAGAUCACUGUCCAUAGGGACCUGUAGAUAGAGAAUUACUUAACUUCCACUUCGGCCGCAGAGGAAUGUGCAUGUGGCUGCAUGCACCAUUAAGAAUGGUAUCUGUAAGGAUGAAGAAAUAUAUACCAAUUUUAGAUUGUUCUCUGAGAUCUUAAAGUUCCAGAAUAAUGUCUUCAGAGUCUGGAUAUCUGUGUAGAGAAUUCCAUUCCAGCUCUGCUCAGUUCUGUAGGCUUUUAUUUCCCCAAAGGAAUGUGCUUUUUCAACUGUGUGGCCUCCCUGUGGCAGCACUCGCAUAAACAUAGAGCACAGCUGUCCUUAACUGUGCGAGUGCCAUGUUCCUGCCUGGCUGGCUCACAGCACCUUUGCUUUCUUGUAGGGCACUGUGAAGUCCUGUAACUGUCUCAUGGAUGGGGCUUUGAUAUUGUGUCAGUUAACUAGUGUUGUAUGAACCUUCACAAUAUCCCAGUGAAAAAACAUUCUGUCUUACAGGUGGGAGGCUGAAGUUUGCUAAAUAUAUAAGAAAACACCAGGUGUUUGACUUCUGCUUUUCUGAUGAUUUAACAAAUGAGCAUCCUUCCUUCGCUGAUCCUGUUCUCUCUCCAGAUGGACUGUAGGUAGGAGCCAGUCAUGAUCUAUUUGGAACCUAGAGUCCUAGUUUCCCUGGUGAUGCAUGGAGUUUGCAAGCUAGUUGCAGAAAUAGCACACUUCUGUGCUCAGGUUUUUAUAGAUUUGAAAAGCCGGAGAUUCUUGUUGAGAGCCCAGGCUGCUAGGAGAAUUAAAUCACAGCAGCAGAAAAGUAUGUCCAUUCUGUGUAGUGUUUCAUAGACUUCAAAUAAACAAACCAGAACACUCUUGCAGUGGUAAAAGUAAUCAUUUCUAGACUCCUGCCAGACCAUCAUUUAAACAGAAAAAAAAGAAAGAAUGAAGAAAAGCUGCUUUUUGACUGAGAGUCUGCUGGCUGAUUUUUUUGUUCUUUUUCUCAUUCCCCAUUCCUCCUUUUCUACCCCAUUUUCCCUUGUUUACAAGCAAAAACCUGCACCACAAAACUACAGGAGUUAGGGGGUUUCACCAGGUUUAUUUUUCAACUGCUAGCAGUUGGGAAUAUUAUUGCAAGAGUUCCCUCUGGUGGUCAGUAGUGGGGAGAUGAAUAAUAUUUUGCUGUAAAAAGCUUUUUUAUGCUGAAAGGAUUUAUUGUUCAGUCACACCAUCCAUUAUUUUUAACAGCCUUUCCUUACUUAAGGCUUCUCUCGAUAAUGACUGGUAACCUUUUCCAAAUUCCUUUUUCCCUCCCAUAAUUAACACUCCACUCCUCAGUAGUUUACUACCACUGAAUCAUCCUUUCUGCACAAAGGCUGGAAUAAAGGUGGAGCUGUUCUGCCCCAACCUGCGUUCCUUCGCGGGCCUUUUAUGGGCAGAGGAUGCAGUCUGAGGUGAGUGGAAAAGAACAGAGCUCUUGGCUGCAGACUUAGAAGAAUAGAAUUAGAUCAGCCUGUAAUUGUGAAGAAUUCACAGUUCAUAAUAAGAUUGUACAAGAAGCUGGAAAAUAUCAAGAGAAUAUUCCAUUCAGCUACCCAACAGUAAAAGCCCUACUGGCACUCAGGCCUGGUUUUCCUCUUCUGAUUUGAUUGUUGCUGCCAGUCAGCCUAGAGGUGAUUUUUUCCUAAGGAACUCUAAACCUGUGGCAACUUACCUAAAGCCACAAUUUAUCAGUAGAAAGUUUUGUGCUGAGUUCAGUGAGCAAGUAAUGAAAUCAUGUUAAGCAGAGAGGGUUGUGGUACAGCUGUAUAGCAAGGAUCUGUCCUAGAUGAGCAUUCAAGGAUUUUAAAACAAAAUAAGGAAGUAUCUGGGUUAAGUGACAGCUUCAGCUGCACUUUUAUAGCCGCAGUGCAAGGCAACCUGAUGUCACAGAAUCCUGCUCCAGCUAUUACUUUGAAGAGUUAGGCUUUGUAAAUCUGAUCUACAUCACAUAUAGAUCUAGAUCACUGUGUUCUACUUAUGAAAACCAAAAGGAGAAAAAGUGUAUCCUUUAAUUUAUUUCCCUUGUCAUUUCAAGAAAUAGCAUUUCUGCCACAGAAAUGUUUUCUCUCCCAAUUAUUUCGGAAUCUACUGCUCAGAGCAGGUGUUUCUGCCCUGUUUAUUUCUCGUAUGUUCACAUUAUGUGUACGUGGCCUCUGCCAUAACCAUGCACAUCUGGCAUGGAAGUAUCACCUGUGGUGAUGUCACUUGGUGGUUCCUGUCAGAUGCUGGCUGUGUGAUGUCAGCACCAAAGAUAGUUCUGGCAAAAUAACUGACUUUAGCUAUUGUGUAAAGACCUCAGCCCAGAGGCUGUUAAAAAUAAAUAAACCUGGAGUGUGUGAUGAGUAGCAAGAGGAGCUUUUAGUCCCAUUGGAUGAUGUAUGAGUGGAGGAGCCUUUAUGUUGCCAGAUGCAAAAUUUCUUUAUGCCAAAGUCAAGAUCUGCUAUUGAAUUUUAGAAUCAUAGAAUUGUUAAGAUUGAAGAAGACCUCUCAGAUCUCCAAGUCCAACCCCACCCCACUGUGCCCACUGACCGCGUCCCUCAGUGCCACAUCUCCAUGGUUCUGGAAUACCUCCAGGGAUGAGGACUCCCACAUCUCCCUGGGCAGCCUGUGCCACUGCAUCAUUGCUUUUUCUGAGAAGAAAUUGUUUUUUAUAUCCAACCUGAACCUCCCCUGGUACAACUUAAGGCCACCACCUCUUGUCCUAAGGUGACCUAUCUCAGGGGUGUGCUGGAGGGUUUUGGUUUGAGAAGUGGCAAAACUGAGGUAUGGAGCAGGAUGGAAGGGUCACGUAGCCAGAGAAAUAUUAGGAAUUUGUAAUGGAAUUAUCUGGAUGAGAUGAUGGUGACUGUGAGCUAAGGAAACACAGCUCUAGAGCCAUCAGCUGUGUUACACCAUGGGUGCCGAAAUACUGAUGCUGUUGGCCAAGGCAGGAGCAAAACUUGAGCUACAGCACAUUUCUGUUCCAUUGUGUCCAAGGGGAUAGCUCUGCACUGCUGUGGGUGAUCAGGAUGAUUAGUGGAAUGAAGAACUUGUUUCAUGAGAAUUGCUUAGUAGAACUGUAUGGUUUAUUUAGCACAGUGAGAGAAAGGCCAAGAGGUAGAUGAUUCCUAUGAUUCUGUUAGGGUAUGUCUCCUGACAUACCCCCAGGUGCGAAGGCAGAACGUGACAAAGGGAACAACCGAACUGAGAACAGUCGGAUACAGACACACUGCUCCUGAACAGCACGGAGGGGAGGCAAAACCUGAACGUUCGCAGAAGCCAGACUACUGCUGCAACAAUCAUUGUAGGAGGGGAAAAUGGCGGUGAGCGGAGGGCCGGAGCAGCCGCUCUCUCUCCCCGUCUCUAUGGCCGCGCUUGGAGCGGUGGCGCCGCUCCUGCAGCAGCUCCGGGCGGCGCUCUAUGCGCGGUGCCGUCUCGGUGGUGGCUCCGGGAGGCGGCGCUCUGCACCGCGGCGGGGCCGUCUCGUUGGCCGGGCGGAGGGCGGGCUCGGGGAGCCAUGGCGGCCGUGCGGGGCCUGCGGAUCUCGGUGAAGGCGGAGGCAACGGCGACAGCGGCAGAACCCCGCGGCCCGGAGCCUGAGCCGAUGGAGGUGGAAGAAGGCGAGCUGGAGACCAUCCCCGUGAGGCGCUCGCUCCGGGAGCUCAUCCCGGACACUAGUAGGAGAUAUGAAAACAAAGCUGGAAGUUUCAUUACAGGGAUAGAUGUCACAUCCAAGGAAGCAAUAGAGAAAAAGGAACAAAGAGCAAAACGCUUUCAUUUUCGAGCUGAAGUGAAUCUUGCCCAAAGGAAUGUAGCUCUGGAUCGGGACAUGAUGAAGAAAGCAAUUCCUAAAGUGAGACUGGACACAAUUUACAUUUGUGGGGUGGAUGAAAUGAGUACACAGGACAUCUUUGCCUAUUUCAAAGAGUAUCCUCCUGCUCAUAUCGAGUGGUUAGAUGAUACUUCAUGCAAUGUGGUCUGGCUUGAUGAAGUAACAGCAACACGGGCUCUAAUAAACAUGAGUUCCUUUCCUGAUCAAGAGAAACCAAAAGGCAGAGAAAACAAUGAAGAGAAGACAGCUGAAAAAAACAAGAAAGAAAAACAGGAGGAAAGUUCUGAUGAUGAGACAGAAGAAGGCGAGGUUGAGGACGAAAAUCCAAGUGACAUUGAGUUGGAUGCCCUCACCCAGGUAGAAGAGGAUUCUCUCCUGCGUAAUGAUCUUCGCCCUGCCAAUAAACUGGCUAAAGGAAACAAGCUAUUCAUGAGAUUUGCUACUAAAGAUGACAAAAAAGAACUGGGAGCUGCAAGGAGAAGCCAGUAUUACAUGAAGUAUGGCAAUCCGAAUUAUGGAGGCAUGAAGGGGAUUCUUAGUAAUUCUUGGAAACGAAGAUACCAUUCACGUCGAAUCCAUCGGGACGUGAUAAAGAAGAGGACUCUUAUUGGGGAUGACGUUGGCUUGACUCCUCCUUACAAACAUCGUCAUUCAGGCUUGGUAAAUGUUCCUGAGGAGCCUAUUGAGGAGGAAGAGGAAGAAGAAGAGGUUCAGGAUAUGGACGAAGAUGACAGAGUUGUUGUUGAGUACCGUGAUGAUCUACAGCCUUUCAAACAGUCCCGAGACCGCGGUACGGCGAGGAGAUCAAGUGCAAGCGCAUCUGAUUCUGAUGAAAUGGACUAUGAUCUUGAACUGAAAAUGAUAUCGACCCCCUCUCCCAAAAAGAGCAUGAAAAUGACAAUGUAUGCAGAUGAAGUGGAAUCACAACUGAAAAAUAUUAGGAAUUCCAUGCGAGCAGAUAGCAUAGCAACCAGUAAUGUGAAAAACAGGAUUGGCAGUAAAGGAUCGUCGGACAAAGUUGUAGAUGUAAGGCUACUGUUAGAAGAGAAACGUCAGAAUAAUAACGGGCUGCGGCAGCCAAGCAGCAUUGUAAAAUCAGAUGUGCGGCAAAGGCUGGGAAAAAGACCACAUUCUCCAGAAGCUAAGCCUCCGGGCAGCAUCUCUGCUCCUCGUCGAGAACCAAUAUCAGAUGUACACAGCCGGCUAGGAAUCCCCAAGCAGGAUGUAAAAGGCCUCUACUCUGAUACCAGAGAGAAGAAGUCAGGUAAUUUAUGGACCCGAUUAGGGUCUGCUCCGAAGACACAAGAAAAGACUUCAGAUAAACCUGAAAACUCCGUGGCAUCUCCAGAGGAAGAUGAUUCAGAGCUCCAACGGGUUUGGGGUGCUCUCAUUAAGGAGAAAGAGGAGUCUCGACAAAAAAAGAGUCGACUGGAUAAUUUACCAUCUCUACAAAUUGAAAUCAGCCGAGAAAGCAGUUCUGGAUCAGAUACAGAAUCAUGAUUUUACACCUUCAUCCUCAAGAUUGUGACUCUGCAGUGUGGCAAGAUUUCCUUUGCCCAAAAGCUGAACACUGGCAAAGACUCUGCAGUGAAGGUUCCAGAAAUGUCUCAGCUCCUUUUAUACAAAAAUAGAGAUGCAUAUGCCACUUGAAACCUAAAGCAAUCAUGUUUGUCUGGAGUCUGUGGUUGGCCCUGUGUUAUGUAGGGCGUUGUCAUAUAUGUUAAUUACAGCAAACCUGUAGUUAAUUCUAGCCAAACAUUUUUCCCUAAACUUUGAAUUUAAAAGAAGAGGGAGAGAUACUCUGUAUUUUUAAGAAGACCUUUUUGUUCUUAAUAUUUUUAACAUGGAAUCUUUUAACAAAAUAUUUUACACAGUUCAUCCAAAGAACAGGGCAUUUCACAGUCAGCACCAUUGCCUUGCCCUUCUGGCACUUACCAGCACCUUUCCUCUUAAAGUAAUAACAAUAAUGCUUCCUGGGUAAGCAGCCAGCAAGGAUGAAGCAUAAAGGGACUGUUCCCUUCCUCCAAAAUAAUGAAUGUAAAUCAAAUGUUGCAGUACAGUGAGGUUUCAUACGGUAUCCAUAUAGCAUCACUGCUCUCAAAGAAUUCCUUUCAUUUAUUUGUUUUGGUGAUACUGUGCUCUGCUGUAGCAAGGAUUGCAGUGUUUCAGACUGCAAAGAUGGUUGUUUGAGAGAAUUGUGUAAAUUCCUGAAGGUUUUUUUUUUUUUUUCCUAGUUACGUAUUGAGAAAUUAUAUUUCUCUCAUCCAGCUGUAUUAUGUUUUGAAGAAAUCUAACAGUUUAAAAACUUACACUUUUAUAUUUGUGGAAAUUUCCUGUUGGCCAUGGUGAAAAAAGCUAUAGUGAUGUUUUCCUAUGUGCUGUUUAACUAUACAUAUAUAUAACUGAAAGAGAAAAGGAAAACUAGGAUCACUGUCCCAUGUCAAUAUUUUUGAGUGUUCUUCUUGUAUAGUACAUGUGGAUGUGCACAUGGUUGACUUGUUACAUUCAGCUUUUUUUUUUUUUUUUACUUGCAUAUCCUCUCUACAUAAAAGUUUGAUCAGAGUGCAGCUGCAAUUUUUCCUUCCUCUUGCCUGUGGCAUAUAUUUUGAUUGCCAACAAUUCGAAAUGAGGAAUAAUGAUGGCACGUCGCGUUCUGCUGAACAGAACAGGUGGCAAAAAACAUUGUCUGCUAUUUUUUUUGACAGUCUGAAGAUGUUUGCUUUGUCUUUGGGACUGUUCAUCCUGGAGAAGAGGACUUUGUGUGUGUGUUUGGGGGGGGUUUAUCAAUGUAUGUAAAUACCUGAAGAGAGAAUGCAAAGAAGAGAGAGCCGUGCUGUUUUCAGUGGUGCCCAGCGUUAGGAUAAGAGGCAGAGGCACCAAGUGGAACACAGGAGUUUCUGUCUGAACUUCAGGAAGCACUUCUUUACUCUGUGAAUGAUGGAGCACUGGCUGCUCAGAGAGGUUGUGGAGUCUCCUCCUUGGAGAUGUCAGAAGCUGCCUGGAAAUGCUCUGAGUGGCCCUGUUGAUGCAGGGGGUUGGCAGGUGACCUCCAGAUGUCCCUUCCAACCUCAACCAUUUUGUGAUUGAGUCCCUACUUCCCAGGUUCUGUCAGUCCAAAAUGUCUGUAAAUCUCCUGUCUGCCUUUUAGCAUUUUUUUUCCCUCUUCCUCUCUUUGUUUUGUGUUUUUGUUUAUUUGUGGUUUUUGGUUGGUUGGUUUUGGAGUAGGUUUGAUGUUUCACAAAAGUAAGGAUUCUGCAGUUAACUUUUCUUACUGCUUUAUUAUGGGUAAGCAGCAUGUAAAAUGAGAGGUAAAGCGAAAGGUACAGCAAUGAGAAAUGUAAGCCAGGGACUGUCCGGGCUUCACGUCUUCUCUCCUUGUUUUGUGACACCCUGCAGUUUAUAUUUAAUUAUUGAAUAUAUAAAUAUGGCUCAUAAAAAAAGUGCUGUUGAGAGUAAACGACUGCAAUGUCCAAUCACUGUAAUAGUUCAUUUCAGUGUGUGCUUCCAUUAAUAUCCCUCCCAAAGCUUUAAAAUAGAACCACACCUUACCCGCUCCUCAAGACCCUGAUCAAAUUCAUUUAACCAGUCUCUUUUUGCCAGUAAAUCUUUGUGUUGUGUUACUGCUUUGAAUCUGUUAUGACCUUGCCAUUUUCUGAAAGGAGGAGGUAGGUAUCAAUCGUGCAUUAGGUCUAUGAGCAUCACUGUGUGUGUUGUUGUGAAUCCUUCCCUGUGUUUGGGGUCAGGACCUGGCUGUGGUCUGCUCUUCAUGUUGUUGGUAACCACUGUGUUUCCAGGUAAAGAUUCAUCACUUGAGCCUGGUGAAGGGUGGGCUGCUGGUCUGAAAGAUGGAAUGGGAACAGGAAACCAGUUCGGCUGAUAGAAACAGGUGGUCUGAUGGGUGUAUGAAUGAGAAAAGUGGUGUAGGCAGUGGCUGGCAUUCAAGGAAGAGGAGCCAUGAGCACCGAGUCUGUUAUAAAUACGCUUCAGGAACGCGUCUGUGUUGGGAAGGGAGGACUGUGUGUUAAUGACAGCACAGGAUCGUAGCUGCAAGAAAAUUGAAGUUUGCUGUUGAAGGGAUCUACUAAGAGGAAUAUUUUCCCCUUUUUCCCGUUUUUCACCCCCUUUUUUUCUGUGUUUUGAUAAUUAAAAAUGAGCACUGAACCCUCA